CAACCAUGUCCAUUAUUAUGCAGUAGUAUAUAGUCUGGGUUUUAAUUAAAAGACAUAAGAUGACGGAUAUUUUGUGCAGGUGGCUGAACGAGGAACUCAAGCUGUCAAAAGCGAUUGAGCCAAAGUCCUUUACCAAGGAUUUCUCCAGUGGCUACCUAAUUGGGGAAGUUCUUCAUAAAUAUCAGAUGCAAAAUGAUUUCAGUAUGUUUAUGAAAAAAGACACCUCCAUCUCCAGACUGAAUAAUUUCACCCGCCUUGAGCCCACACUCAAGUUACUUGGGAUCUCCUUCAACCUGAACACAGCUCAGGACCUGAUGCAGGAGAAGCAGGGUGUUGCCACACGCCUCCUCUACCAGCUCUAUGUCACCCUUGAAAAGAAGAAGAAAGGAGACAUCAGUGGCACAUUGAUGGAAAUAAUGCAACCCGCAGCCAAAGCAGGCUUGCACAAAAAGGAGCAUGAAAUCUACUCUGAUCGACUGCAUCAAGUGGUAAAGCGUGAUGCAGAUCAAAAGCUACAGAAAAUCUCGCAGCACUAUGAAGAGAAGUACCAGCCAAUGGACGACAGGUUGGAGAUGACCCGUCCCAUCCAGCAACAGAGACCACUCAGAGUCCAGGAUGAGAAGAGAAUGAACAACAGUGAGAAGGUGCCCAAGCCACCUCCCUACACUUCACAGCUCAACCUUAAAAGAAGGCAACAACAGCAUCAACGCCAUGAACAAGAAGCGCAGACUGUCAAGACUGAAAUAGCCCAGUUCGAGACAAGGAAGAAAUUGCUUACUUAUGCUGUUCCUUCCUCUUCAAGUGGUCAGCCUGUCCCUAGAGAUGUUGUUCCUGGUGGCAGCAGCCAGGGCUGUGAGGUCCCUGAAAGUGGAACUAAGCUGACUUUACAAUCUAAUAGCAAGUAUAUACAAAAUAUCCGACAGAGGCUUGAGGAAAGUGCUGGAGCUCGUGAGCAGAGAGAGAAAAGACGGGACAGAUUCCUGGUGGAGCAGCUCAAGGCCCAUGAAGCUCAAGAGGAUGCCCGGCGAGAUGAGCAGCUGGUGAAGCGUCUGACACGUCAGACCCAGCAGGAGCAUCGUUUGGCAACUCAGCUUCUCCAGAUACGCAUGCAGAAGGAUGUGAUACGGGAGAACCGCCUGUUCAGAGAGCAGCAGUACCAGCAGCGGAGAGAGAAGGACUUCCUGGAAGCUCUGGAGAGGGAGGCGGCUUUGGCUCAGCAGGCUAAAUUGGACCGUGCCGAAGAUAUCCUAAAGGAGCGUGAAUUCUGUAAGAGGAAUGCUGCUGAGCGAGCUCAGAGCAGAUACAAGAAGCACUUUAAGAGCUGCAAGGACAUUUUGGAGCAGAUAGUGGACUUGAGCACCAAGGUUGGAGAAUACCGACAGCUCACUGAGAAUCAGAUCCCAGAGAAGUCCAUGAGAGAGUGGAAAGAACUGCUGUUCAAUGGUCUGCCUCUCUAUGAGCCGAUAAACUGCCAGCAGCCAGAGAUUGAGUUCACUCCCUCACUAGAUCCUGUAGAACUUGAGAAGCAGGAGAUACUGAACAACCAGGACUAUGAUGAAUACACUAACAUGGUAGAUGAGUGGGCAUGGCCAGAGGAAGCAGGGGAGACCAAACUACCCCUGACCAACAACAACAUUCUUGGACACGUUGUCCAACGACUGAGGAACAUGGUUCAUCAACCCAUCAUUAAACCCUCCUCACCCUCAUUUCCUCAAUUUACCUUUAAGGCCUGUGUCCUGGGAAAGCUUUGCUCUGGCAAGACCACCUGCCUGGCCAAGUUGGCUGAAGCCCAUGGCAUCAAUAUCCUAUCAGCGGACACGCUCAUUGAAGAGGCGCUGGAUGCUAACCGAAAUCAGGUACGGGUCACAGAAGAGCAGGAAGAGAAAGGCAAUGAACAGUUGCUCACAUCCUGCACAUCACUGGAGCCUGACCUUGAAACUGAAGAGACAAGUAGAAAGAGCACCUUAAGACUGUCUACCCGGGCCAUGCAGGGAGCGGCUGCAGACAAAGAGCUGAGGCAAGGCAACCCCAUCCCUUAUGAUCUGGUAGUGGACAUCAUAGUAGAGGCUAUCAGGCAGGUUCCAGCUCAGUCAGGAUGGAUCCUGGAUGGCUUUCCAUUGGACAUCACCCAGGCCUUCCUGCUAGAGAGAGCCCUGGGUGGGUGUGUAGAUGAAGGGAAUUGUGUUGUGAACAGCAGGACAGACCUUGCUGCUGAUCCCAAUCCACCCGAACCUCCAACACCCCCACCUCCUGUACUGGACCUGGCUCUGCUGCUGGACAUCCCUGAGGAGUGUGUGAUCAGACGAGCUUUCAGUCAUACAGAUCAAGAUAGUGCCUGUCCCAAAGACAAGACCUUGUAUCUGGCACAGAUUCCUCACAGAAUUGCAGGUUUUGAAGACACCUGGCCCAAACUAGAGGAUUGGUUUGGUGAAAAGCAAAGCAUUCUGGUCCGUAUUGAUGCAGAUGUGAACGAAGAUGAGCUUUACGAAAGGAUGGAGUCUGUCCUGCAGCAAGUUUGGAUGCAAACACAGGAAGCUCUGGCUACUUCUCCUGUUGAAGAUGUAAUGUUGGACAGUGGGAAAGCUCCUGACUCCCCCUCUUCAGCUGAACUUCCACCUGCAGGCCAACCUCAGGACGUUUCACACGAAGCCCCCGACCCCACAGAGUCCGAAACCAACUUAAGUGAGGAAAAAGCACAAAGUCUAAAGUCCCUUUCCAAAACAAGCUUUACCUCCCCAGGAUGGCACUCUAGGAAGGCAUCCAUGUCCUCAGUGAUCAAUGAAGACUCUAAGGGGGUCCCAGUAAACCCACCUGAGUCUCCCUGCCCAGGUCCUUCCAGCUGGGAAUAUGUGGAUGAACCCCUUCCUCCAGAAGUCCCAGGGUUCAUGUGCCCCCAUUGGGACACAGUGUGUGAUUCCUAUGUGAAAAACGUAAAGACAGUAAUGCAGCAGAUCCGCUCGCAAAGCAGUGUUAUUAACCAUCACCUAUUCAACAUCAGAGAGGACUACAAGCAUUACCUGGGACGUCCUGACUUAAGGCAGGAGUUGGUGUCUCAUUGGCAAAAGGACUUCAACAGCAUACCUGACGAUAUGAGGAAAGACGAGGAUACCAAAGCAGAGCUGCAUCUGAGACUGGAUGAACUGCGUGAACGUCUUUGGGACAUUAGUGACAAGUGUAAGGAGGAGGACGAGCAAGAGAAGGCCGCUCUCAUGGGGGACGGCUGGUUGGAGGAACACACGGUCAUCCUCAUCAACUGUCACUCUAAACUCAUGCAGGUAGAGUCAGACCGUCUCCAGGAUACACUCUGUAUUCUAAGAGUCUACUAUUUGAGCAUGUGCAGAGAGGUGCUGCCUAAGCUACCCUCCAGGUUGGCUUGUAUCCCCCUUCUUGACUUCCCAGAGGUGAAGGAUCAGGACGAGAGGAGUCCCGACUCCAAGGAGAAAAUCCAGGAUCAGACGGAACCUGUCAAGCUUCCCCAAGAUAAACUGAUCUCUGACUACACGGAGGUACUCAGAGGCAUCAGCAAAUUGGUAUCAGCAGAAGCCCACCAGGAGAUGAAAGAGAAGAAGGGGAAACCACAAGAGAAGGAGAAGGCACAGCAGGCCCCUGCAGAUGCAAACAAAAACGCAAAAGGGAAGAAGUCAUCCGAAGAUAAGAAAGGUCCACCAUCCCCCCCCUGUGAACCCAGCCCUGCACCACCUGAUACUCAUCAUGAAGAUGUCAAACUGAAAAUACAUAAAGAAUAUGCUGCCACACUGGCUCAAGAGGAGAAUGCAGCAAAAAUGCGCAUUGCGCUGGUAAAAGGUCACGGUCUGAGGAUAGUGAACUCCCUGCAGAGCAGAGCAGAGGAGACUUUAAGCAACAUGGAGAAGUGGUUAGAAGCCCACUAUCUUCCAGCCAUGAAAAGUAUUGAUCAACUCUCCGAAGUGAUCCGCCAUCACAUUGAGGCUGGUGAUAAGUUGACAUUUGAACUGGUGUUGGAAUGUACUGACUUCUACCAGAAUGGAGACUGCCUCAUGGUGGCUAGCCCGGCUCCGCCUCCCCGCCCUGCUCCUCUGGAGAAACCCACAGGGUCCACCCCAACAAUCACCCAGCUACAGUCCCUCCACCAACAGCUAUGCAACGUUGCUCCAUCAGGCCUCAUAUCCAGUUUUGAGUUUGACAGUUUGCUCAGGGAUCUCAUAGUUGUUACACUGGGCAAAAACACCUUGCCUGAGCCCUGGAUUAAACAGAAUGAAACACAGAUGAUGGAGAUUGUGUCUCUGCUAACAGAUGAAUAUGAGCUGAUAGACUGGCGUAAGUUUCUGCUCAGUGCUGCCCUCCCUUGGCCAUUCCCCUCCCUGUCACAGCUGCUGACUGUGCUCCAACGCUUCAAGGCAGCAGAUCAUGGAAACACAGGCUAUAUAAACGAGGAGAAAUACCUACAGACCGAGCUGUGGUUUUCCAGUGAGAGUGUCCUGCCCGUCCCAGAAGACCCCUCAGAGCCUCUACCUUAUGACCGUCUGGCUAACCUACGCAAGUUUUUUUUCCAGUUGUUUGCGGACCACUCUUUCUCUCCAUCUCGACUGGAUUAUUUAACCAUGCUGCAGUACUUUGCAGCCGACCCUAACCCCAGACAGGGCUUCAUCAGAGCGCUCAGUGUCGUGCUAGGACAACAUCUCAAGCACUCCUCCCAGGGACAUCUUGUCAAGUCGAUGCCCAAUAUAGAAGAGGCUACAGAGUUGGAUGAAGACUACAAAGAAGCAGAGUGUGCGUUAGCAUCAAGCAGUCUGCUGGGGGAACAGGAAGUGUCCAUCCCUGCUCUCCUCGCUGUCAUCUUCCAUAAAGUCACCAAAAUAAAAGACGUCAUCCACCUUCCUCCAGACUGCCUGAGUCAAGAGGAGCACACUGAGCAACUGGCGCAUAUAUUCAGAGCGCUGGGCUACAUGCCUGAAGACUGUAUCCCCUUCUCCGUUCUCUCUCUGCACCCUUUCAUCCAGGAUUUGAUGGAGACCUCAACACACUUUCAGCUUGUAAACAUUCAUAGAGUGCUACUGGCUCAUCGAGAUGAAGGAGAGGCUAACAGCUCAACAGUUUCCUAAAGGAUGACACAAAUAUGUUCUGCUCCACAUUGAAAAUGCUUUGGUCACGUGUGAAGUAUUCUCGUUACAGUUACCUUUGACAUCUUCGAUGAUAUCUAUGGCUUAUUUCAUUUUUGAAUAAA